AUGUUCUCCUUCAAAGCUGUCCCAGUCCUCCUCGCCAUGCUCGUCGCUGGUGCUCACGCCGAGUCGCACACUGUCCAUUUCACCAACAGGUGUGGCCACGGAACGCCCACUCUCAUCCAAGGAGGCCGCGUCCUGUCCACCGGCGGAGACUUCACAUCCAACGGCCCUCUCGUUGCCGCCAUUGCAUACUUGCAAACAGGCAACUGUGGGUUCAACGGCGAGGGCUGCACGCUCGUCGAGACCACGCUCAUCAACCCCACAUCGCCCGGAAGCGGCUCAAGCACUGACAUCUCCCUCAUCCCUCCUCACUCCUUCUCCGUGACCUCCGGCUUCGGAUACUUCAACGGCUGCGACGGAGCUGGUGCCAACUGCGCGUCUGCCAACUGCAACACCGCAUUCCACAACCCCAACGACAACCAAGUCCAGGUUGCCUGCCAGAGCAACAACGUCAACCUCGCUAUCACUUUCUGCUAG